AAACGAAGGAUUUCAUUUUAGUUUCUCUGCUCAUGCUUGCUUGCUUUUUGCUUAUUCUCCAUUUUCCUCUGCUUGUACUAAGUUAAUGGCUCCGAUCAAGAUCAAGCAAUCUCCCACUUCUGCCGCUCAAACCUUAGCGAGCUCCCAAGAUGCUCGGCUUCUGGUCCGAGAGACUCUUCGUAUAAACGCCAAUCUUGCUUCUGCUCCCUCUUCUACAUCUGCAUCUUCUCCUUCUUCUUCCUUGGUUGCUGCCGAGAGCUGUGGCCUUAGGGCAGACUCGAGCUUUGCGCUUCUUGAGGAGGACUUUAAAGAUUCGAGGUUGAAAAUCAUAUGCAGGGAGGAGAUUGAUGGCAGGCGGUGUCAGUAUGUGGCCGAGAAGGAUGGUUCCGGACGUUUCAAGAAGGGCUCCAUUCGCAGUGUUAGUUUGCAGACUCCUCAGGCUCCUAUUGAUGAGCUGAUGUCAUUCAUAAGAUCUUAUGUAGCUCCUGAAGGUUUCCCUGAUAGUGUGACACCUUCAUAUGUUCCAUACAUGACAUGGAGAGCUUUGAAGCACUUUUUUGGUGGAGCAAUGGGUGUUUUCACAACACAGACACUUUUGAAUUCAGUUGGGAUGUCCAGAAAUAGAGCCACUCCAGGGGCUGUUGCUAUUAACUGGAUUCUCAAGGAUGGAGCAGGUCGUGUUGGUAAAAUGCUUUUUGCACGGCAAGGAAAGAAAUUUGACUAUGAUCUGAAACAGCUUCGGAUUGCCGGUGAUCUUUUGAUGGAGUUAGGUGCUGGUGUAGAGUUGGCAACUGCUGCUGUGCCACACCUUUUCCUGCCAUUGGCUUGUGCUGCCAAUGUUGUCAAGAAUGUUGCUGCUGUAACAUCAACAUCAACUCGCACACCAAUUUACAAAGCUUUUGCCAAAGGUGAAAACAUUGGGGAUGUCACUGCUAAAGGAGAAUGCGUUGGAAAUGUUGCAGAUUUGCUUGGAACUGGACUGGGCAUCAUGAUCUCAAAAAGAAAUCCAUCUUUGGUGACUACAUUUGCACUCCUCUCAUGUGGAUAUGUUCUUAGCUCUUACCAGGAGGUAAAAUCUGUUGUUUUGCAUACUUUGAACCGGGCAAGGUUCACUGUGGCAGUGGAAUCGUUCCUUAAGACAGGAUGUGUGCCCACAUUGCAGGAGGGGAAUAUGAAGGAAAAUAUCUUCAGUUUCCCUUGGUCAAGAAAUAGGCCCAUUGUUCUAGGAACGAGGUUUAAGGAUGCAUUUCAAGAUCCUGGUUCAUUUCUUGCCAUAAAACCUCUAUUUGAAAAAGAGAAGUACAUGAUUACAUACAAUCCUUCAAAGGGUAAUGUGUAUGCCUUGCUCAAGGAUCAAGCAAAGUCAGAUGACAUUCUAAAAGCUGCUUUCCAUGCUCAUGUGCUUCUACAUUUCAUCCGUUCAUCACAUGAACGUCGAUCUUCUUAUUCAAAACAUGGUGAAUAUGAUGGUCAAGAUUUUGUUGGAACCCCGUCAACUCAUUCUCUUUUGACCACUGCUGAUCUUGAGGCUCAUAUUGCCGAGUCUUGCAAAGUGGUGUCUAAUUCAUAUGUUUUCUUUAAGAGGAAAGCUGCAGAACAGGGAUGGGUAAUGUCAGAAUCACAUCUCAACCCUGGGCGAGCUCGACUAUGUUAACUACAGCAUUAGAGAAGAUAUCUUCACUUUUGACCGAUGUAUCACAAUGUUCAGGGAUGCUCUUCUAGUUCUUAAGAAAUUUUACUGGCAGAAGCAGGUUGAGAUUUAUUAAACGAGGCCUUUCACAUAAUGCUGAAAGGGACCAUGAGAACCAUGUUUUCUCUUGCGAAGUUAGCGUAGUUGCUUUCACUGGUUUCUGAGAAGAAGCCCUUAAUAGCCAUGCUCUGUGCUCUAUCUUAAAUUAUUAGGUUAAUUCCACAGGAGAUGAAGACAAUGCAGUGGGCAUUUCUGUUGGUUUUGAGGAAACAACUUGUUUCCAUUAAGCUGUAAAGUAUAACAAUGCAAUCUUUAUGUGUUUUUUUCGUUUAUUACUUUGAACAGGUUGCCAAUUUUGUUGAUUU